AUGGACGGCCAGCCAGGUGCUGCGACGGCGAGUCUUGGUUCAAGAGUAAAAGCAAACCUGGUUCUUGGAUCUGAAUCGUUUGCUAUCAGCCCCGAGUCCGGUAUCCUGUCAGAGCAGCUGGCCGCAAUGAAGGAGAAGAGCAUGGCGAUCCUCAAGGAAUACAUCGCCAAGCACAAUGCUCCAAACGAUGUCCCUGAUGAGUCGGUUGAGGGUGAGUCUGACGGCGAGGGUGAGGCGCUUGUCAACAACCCGCCGAAGAAAUCUAAGAAGCAGAAGUGA